AUGCCGCACUCGACUUUCUUCAGUUUCCACGAUCCCGACUUCCGACAUAAUGAUGAAAACUCCCUGAAGGUCGAAUUUGGCCGCCUCGCCAACCGCCGUGGCUGGACAAAGAAAAAUGGUCAAUAUCCGCGUCGGUGGAGCCAGUGCAUAGAACAAGAGUUCCAGUACCAUGUUUUUUGCAUCAUCGACGAGGACGGCGACAAACUGUCCAACAUGCAGUUGAUAUGCCAGAGAUACUUCAACGAAACGCCGCCAUCCAUUAGGGCCUGUGAGAAGAUACUCCGCAAGGUCCAUAUCAACUUAUUGGACUGGCUGGAUGCACGACGUUGUGGAGAUGAGCCUCAUGUCUUCCGGUCAUACAGAGAGCUAAAGGCACACACGGAGGAAAACAAGAGAUAUUUCCCAAAGUUCCUCCUCGACGAUGUCCCCGUCAUGAAAGUCUUCUUGAGGGACUUCUUUUGA